AUGCCGGCCUGUUGUGUUCCGAAUCCGUUCUCUGCGGGAAUUCACCGGGUCUUUGAGGCGUCCGAUUCCUUGUUCCUACAGAUUGAUCACUUUGGAUUUGAUGAAAAUCUUACAUUCCAGCAGCGGUAUCUAGUAGCUGAUCAGCAUUGGAAGAAAGACAAUGGACCGAUACUGUUUUACACAGGCAAUGAAGGAGACAUCACGUGGUUCUGCAACAAUACAGGUUUUAUGUGGGAUGUCGCUGAAGAACUUAAUGCCAUGUUAGUAUUUGCUGAACAUAGAUACUAUGGAGAAUCUUUGCCCUUUGGGAAUGAGUCUUUCAGUGACUCCAAGCAUCUGAAUUACCUGACAUCUGAACAAGCUCUGGCAGACUUUGCAGUACUAAUUGAGUACUUAAAGACGACCAUUGCAGGAGCCCGUGACAGUCCUGUCAUAGCUAUAGGAGGAUCUUACGGAGGAAUGCUUGCAGCCUGGUUGAGGAUGAAGUACCCUCAUGUGGUAGUUGGAGCUCUGGCAGCCUCUGCCCCAAUCUGGCAGUUUGGUGAUUUGGUUCCCUGUGGCACUUACUUCAGCAUAGUGACCAAUGAUUUCAAAAAGAGUGGGACAGGCUGCUCAGAAAGCAUCCGGAAUUCCUGGAACGCCAUUAACCGCCUUUCCUCAACAGAUGCAGGUUUACAGUGGCUUUCCAAGACAUUUCAUUUGUGCAGCCCAUUAAAAAAUCUUCAGGAUGCUGUUGUAUUGAAAAAUUGGCUGAGUGAAACAUGGGUAAACUUGGCUAUGGUGAACUAUCCCUAUGCAGCUGACUUCUUGCAGCCUCUGCCGGCUUGGCCUAUACAGGAAGUCUGCAAGUUCUUGAAGGAUCCCAGUCUCUCCGACAAACUGUUGCUUCAGAAUGUUUUUCAGGCAGUAAAUUUAUACUACAAUUAUUCAGGAGAAGCCUCAUGCUUAGACAUGUCUGAGACUGCAACAAAGAAUCUGGGUCAGUUGGGUUGGUACUACCAGGCUUGCACCGAGAUGGUGAUGCCCCUGUGCACAGAUGGCGUCAAUGACAUGUUUGAGCCGCAGAAAUGGGACUUUGAUGCACUUUCAGAAGAGUGUUACAGGCUGUGGGGAGUGAGGCCUCGUCCCUCUUGGAUUCUUUCUGUGUAUGGAGGGAAAAACAUCAGUUCACACAGCAACAUUAUUUUCAGCAAUGGUGGCCUGGACCCAUGGUCUGCAGGUGGGGUGACUCAGAACAUCACCAAUUCCAUCGUGGCAAUUGUGAUCCCAGAGGGAGCCCACCACCUUGACCUCCGCAGCCGCAACAAUUUGGACCCCAAAUCCGUGCAGCGAGCUCGAGCCUUGGAAAUCUGCUACAUGAAGCAGUGGAUUGAAAAGGCCAGGCACAACCACUGA